CUUCCCGCUCAGCCCGCUGCCCCCCGCCGCCGCCCCGCCACCCCCGGGGCCCGGCCCCGCCAUCCUGCGCGGCCCCAGCCCGGUUCCUCCCGCCGCCGCCGCCGCCCCGGGGUACCGGCCCAUGGGCCCGGCCGCCGCGCAGUACCAGCGCCCCGGGAUGCCGCCCGGCAGCAGGAUGCCCAUGGCAGGCCUGCAGGUGGGACCACCAGGAGCACCCCCAUACGGAGCAGCCUCCCCGAUGAGACCCGGCCUGCCACAGUCCAUGAUGGAUCCCUUCAGGAAGCGCCUGCUGACCCCCCAGGCACAGCCCCCGCUGGCCACCCAGAGGAGAGGGGUGAAGAGGAGGAAGAUGGCUGACAAGGUGCUGCCACAGAGGAUCCGGGAACUGGUCCCAGAAUCCCAGGCCUACAUGGACCUCCUCGCCUUCGAGCGCAAGCUGGACCAAACCAUCGCUCGGAAGAGGAUGGAGAUUCAAGAGGCCAUUAAGAAGCCACUGACGCAAAAGCGGAAGCUGAGGAUUUACAUCUCCAACACUUUCACCCCGGCCAAAGAAGAAGGGGAGGGUGGGGAGCGUGUGGCCUCCUGGGAGCUGCGUGUCGAGGGCAAACUGCUGGAGGAUCCAAGCAAGCAGAAGAGGAAGUUCUCCUCCUUUUUCAAGAGCCUCGUCAUAGAGCUGGACAAAGAGCUGUAUGGGCCAGACAACCAUCUGGUGGAGUGGCACCGGCUGCCCACAACCCAGGAGACCGACGGCUUCCAAGUGAAGCGUCCUGGCGAUGUCAAUGUGAAAUGCACUCUGCUGCUCAUGCUGGAUCACCAGCCUCCGCAGUACAAACUGGACCCUCGCCUGGCUCGCCUGCUUGGGGUGCACACCCAGACCCGCGCCAGCAUCAUGCAGGCGCUCUGGCUCUACAUCAAGCACAACAAGCUGCAGGACAGCCACGAGAAGGAGUACAUCAACUGCAACCGCUACUUCCGCCAGAUCUUCAACUGCAUCCGCAUGCGCUUCUCUGAGAUCCCCAUGAAGCUGGCAGGGCUCCUGCAGCACCCAGAUCCCAUCAUCAUCAACCACACCAUCAGCGUGGACCCCAAUGACCAGAAGAAGACCGCGUGCUACGACAUCGAUGUGGAGGUGGACGAUCCCCUGAAGGCUCAGAUGAGCAACUUCCUGGCUUCCACCACCAACCAGCAGGAGAUCGCCUCGCUGGAUGCCAAGAUCCAUGAGACCAUCGAGUCCAUCAAUCAGCUGAAGACGCAGCGCGAUUUCAUGCUGAGCUUCAGCAACAACCCCCAGGAUUUCAUCCAGGAAUGGAUCAAAUCCCAGAGGAGGGAUCUCAAGAUCAUAACGGAUGUAAUCGGGAACCCCGAGGAGGAGCGGCGAGCAGAGUUCUACCAGCAGCCCUGGGCGCAGGAGGCUGUGGGCAGACACAUCUUUGCCAAGGUCCAGCAGCGUCGGCAGGAACUGGAACAAGUGCUCGGGAUCCGCCUCACCUAAAGGGGCCGGCAGGGGCUCGGGAGCUCCUUCUCCUCUCGCUGCUGCCUGAGCCUGAUGGUACUUACUGGAAUCAAACAGCACUUGCACAAACCCGACGUGCCUGGAGGGACACGGAGCCACCCCUGGGCUCCCCUCGAGAAGCUCUGGCCCCAGGCAGAGCACAGCAGAGGCUCCCCCGGUUCCCCCCCUCGAAGUCCCACUGCAGCCCUCGCGCUGCGCUAACGCUUCUCCGCAUCCCUCCUGCGCUCCUCGCUCCCCUCCGCCAGCCUAAAUCCCUCCUGGAGCUGCUGCCCAGCAGUGCCAAGCUGCCUGCGUGCACCAGGAGCUGCCUCCUGCUCUCCCUGAGCCCAGCUGCCAGCACGGCAGGCCCGGCCCUGCCCCUCUGCAACCAAAGUUGUGUCAUUCCAAACGCCAGCCCCCCUUCUCCUGACGUUUUGCACUAUUUUUGUGAGCAGGUUUUAUAAAACAAUAGAUAAAAAAGCGUUUUGUACAGUG